AUGUCUGAAAGAGUUAAAGUAGCAGUUCGACUUCGACCAUUAAUUGAUGAGGAAUUAAUUUGUAAAGACAAAUCCAUUUGUGUCGAAACUAUUGAUCCCAAUAAAAAACUAAUCAUCAGUACUCACUUCCAAAUAUUAUUAGUCAAGAAGGAUUUUGAGAAGAGGCAGUUUCAAUUUGACUCUGUAUUUGAUUCGAAAGCAUCAUAAAAUCAGGUUUACAACGAUAUCGCAAGAGGAGUUGUUGGAAGCGUAGUCAAAGGCUUUAAUGGUACUAUAUUUUGUUAUGGUCAAACCGGAACAGGUAAAACAUAUACCAUGAUGGGAAAACUUGAUUCAGAUGAAAAGGGAAUCACUCCACGUACUUUUGAAUAAAUUUUUAAUGAAAUCUAAGCAGACACAAAUAACAUUUACACUGUGUAAUUGGGUUAUUUGUAAAUAUAUAUGGAGAUGUUGCUGGAUCUUAUUAGACCUGAUAAUUAAGAUGUGAAAAUAAGAGAAUGUCCAGAUAAUGGUGUAUUUGUGUCAGGAUUGGAAUGGAUGGAAGUUGAAUCCCCUUAAGAAUGUCUAAGUAUUAUGAAUUUUGCAGAAAAAAACAAAGUGGUUGCAUUCACCAAUUUAAAUGCCCAUUCUUCCAGGUCUCAUUCUAUGCUUGUAAUCAAAGUAGAGAAGAGAUAAUCCAAAUAACAUUCUAGAUCUAUGACCAUUUCUAAGAAACCUAGUUCCAAAUUAUAAAACUACUCUCAGGAUAUGAUCACAGAAACUGAUGAAAGUAUAUUGCCAUCUGGGAAUUGUGUUGGAACACUAUAUCUUGUUGAUUUGGCAGGAAGUGAGAGAAUCAAGAAAUCAAGAGCUACAGGGGAUCGUCUUAGUGAAGCCAGAUCCAUCAACUACUCACUUACAGCCUUGGGAAAAUGCAUUCAUGCCUUAACUGGUCCCAAAUCUACAUUUGUUCCCUUUAGAGAUUCAAAAUUGACUCGCAUUCUCUAAGAUGCUCUUGGUGGUAAUUGUAAAACUGCUUUAAUUGUGAACAUUGGUCCAGCUGGCAAACAUGUAGAAGAGACUCUAUCCAGUUUAACAUUUGGCAUGAGAGCUAUGAAAGUUACAAAUACUCCAUAAAUUAAUCAGAAUGUUGAUUUUGAAUAAUUAAGCAUUUAACUCAAAAUGGAAAUUGAAAUGAAGGAUGAGAUCAUUUAAAAGUUGGAAUAAUAAUAAGUCAAGUUGCUUUCAUAGGGCAGAAUGGAACCCAGUAACAGUAAUCUUAGUAGUUCAGAUCACCAAUAUAAAGUUAAAUUAGAAAAAGCAGAAGAAGAACAUAAAGCAUUUUUGGAAGAAAUUGAUAAUAUGAUGGUCGAAUAAGAAUAAGAAAAUGAAGAACUCAAAAAACAAUUGGCUAGAGUCAUGUUGGAAUUGGAAGAUUCCAAAAACAGGGAACACACCUUAGAGUAGGAAAUAGAUGAGUUUAAGAAUGUUCAAUAGCAACUAGAGAAUGAAUUAGAGGAAGCUUUGACAAAUAAAAAUGAAUUUGCAGAUACGAUUAAUCAUUUACAAUAGAAAUUAGAAAUGAAGGAUAGAGAAAUUUAAGAAUUAAAGUAGUCUACAGUCUUGUCCACAAAGAACACUGAUAUCAUUAAAAUAUCAAAGGAAAAAUAAAAUCAAAUGUGGAGAUCUGAAUUACAACAGAUUACUUCAUAAUAUGCCAAUAAAUUAGAAGAAGUCAAAAGAUUAGAGUUCUAAUAAUAAGAAAAAGAGAACAAUAAUAUUUUAGAGUAUAGAUAACGAAAUGAAGAGCUCAUUUUAUAAGUUAAAUAAUACAAAUACGAAUUAUCUCAAUGGAAGGAAUAGGAGUAAUAAUUAUUAUAGAGCUAUUAAUAACUUGAUGAAUGUUUACAACAAUAAAAGGAGGUUUUCUAAUAGGAGUAAUCUAAACUAUUAACUUAAAUUAAAGAUCUUGAAGCAGUCAAUAAUGAAAUUACCAAAAGGCUAGAAUAAUAUGAGAUUAAAUUAAAAAAAUAAAAGGAUCAAUAACAACAGAAUGAAUUUGUCUAUCAACAAGAAUUAGAAAUGAAAAAUGAACAUCUGAACAAAGUAUAAGUAGAAUAUCUUGAAAUCUAAAAAUAAAUUACUAUGAUCAAAGAAUAAUACUCGACUAUAUAGACGAUUAAUUAGUAGAAGGUGAAGCAAUUGAAUCAUGAAAAUCAAAUGCUCAUUAAUAAAAAUGCUGACUACUAAUUGUAAGUCUAAUAAUUAAUUGAAAAGCACAAUGAACUUUUAGUGUAAAUCUAACAAGGCAAAAAUUCGCAAUACAACAACUACAAUCAAUUUUUUAAUAGCUCCAAAGUCGAAUACCAAGCAAACUAAUCAUAUGUAAAUGAAUAAAAUUUUGAUAUCGAAUUGAAAAAAUCAAUUACAGUUUCUGGUGUCAAUGAAGGGCAAAUUGUUUUUGAGAUGCAAUUUCGAAUUCAAUAAUUAGAAGAUUUUAUUGAUUAAUUGUAAAAUUAAUUAAAAUAGAAGGAAACCAUUAUUGAGGAACUUCAAUUAAAAGGAUCCCAAUAAUAGAAAGAGGCAGAUUAACUAAAAUUUUAAUUGGAAUCAUUCUCCAAGAGAUCUUAAUAAUCUCUAUAAAGAAUGGAAGAGACUAUGUGUUAAGAAGUCGUUAGAAGUGUCUUAGAGAAGAUGAUUUUUUAAGUCGAAUUGAACUCUUUUGAAUCUGAUGAUAUUAGCAGUCGUGCUCCAGAUAGUGAUCUGAAGCUAUAAAUGAAAUCAUUUUCUAAAUAAGAUAAUGCUUAAUUAGUUGAAAGUUUAUUUAUAAAUUCUAGACGAAGUUAACACAAUGCUAUAGUCGAGUGUGAUGAAGAAGAAGACAAUUCAUCAGAAAUUGAUUACUAAUUACCAAAAUUCAGUUAAUCUGGCAAGAAGAUAUAAUAAAAAUUGAGAAUGUCAAAAAGUAGAUAAGAUUCGGUAUUCUCAUUCAGUGAGAAAUAAUAAAAAAAAGAGGCUGUGUCUCUUUAUGAUGAUUUAAGCGAAAUUAAUUAAUAAUUUGAUGUCUAAAGUCCAAGAUCUUAAUUAGAUGAAAUACAAUUUUAAAUUGAUUUUAGUGAUGCCAAUGCUGUAGAUAAAUUUAUGUCAUAAAUCAAAAAAAAAUAAGUAUCUCUACUUCAAAAUAAUGACUUAUCUGUAGGGUCAAUAUAAUAAGCACAUAGUCCUUAGUAUAUAGAGAGCUUAAGUGAAAAGAAAUCCAAAUCAAAUUCGAGAAUUGGAAAUGAAGAAUUAUAAGAAGUUAUUAAAGUGAUGGCAUAAAUGUUAGUUGAAAAAAGUAAGACUGAAUAAACAGUGACUAAUAAUACUUUGGAAACCUUAAGAGCUUCCUUAUUAGAUUUUAACAAUUUGUGCAACACUUUAACAACCUAUUUUUUGUGA